AUGCCAAAGAAAUUGGUAAGCGUGAGUGAUAAAUCUAUCAACGCAUGUGUUCAAGUCCAUUUAGACCCGGCAGCUGUAUCCGGUAGUAUUGACAUUGAACAGUUUCAAAAAGUGAUAGAAAUAAAUCUGCAAUUGGAAAAUAGAUUGACCGAGUUGGAAGUCUUACAAGUGCAUAACAUAUACCCAGCAAAUGUUACAUUCAGCAGUAAAGUAACUUUGCGUCGACUUGAAGAUCUUAUGUUAUCGAAGUUGACACAAUCUGCACACACUCAGACCGAGAGUGAAUUGUCCCUAUCCACAGUGCAAGAUUUAAACAACAAGGUAGAUACCAAAUUGUCAAAUUACCAACAAUCGUUGAUGGAAAAAAUUGACGAUGAAUUCAUGACCAUUGGUUGUGACGUUAAAAGUAACUCAGAGAAGCCGAUGCGCAAAUAUAAUGAUAUUAAGACUAGGAUUGCAACCCUAGAAAGAGAUGUAAUGAAAAACACUUCACACAUCAUCGGUAUGAACCAUUCACAUCGUUCGUUGGAAUCGACUAGACUGGAAAAUCCGAUGCACGAAUGUAGUGAAAUUAAGGCUCGGAUUGCAACCCUAGAAAGAGAUGUAAUGAAAAACACAUCACACAUCGUCGGUAUGAACUAUUCACAUCGUUCGUUGGAGUGGACUAGACCACAAUCCUUCGGGUCCGCUGGAAUGUUUCCUUCCGAUAACCGCUGUUACGGCGAACCAGCUGCAUUCGCUGCAGCUUCAUCUUAUUAUGAUAUGCCACCAAUGGCAAAACCCGGGCCGACUGGGCCGAGUGGAACAGUUUCGCCUCCAUCGCCACCUGCACCCCCGGCGCCAAGUGCAUUUGUGCCUCCACCGCCACCUGCACCCCCGUCGACUAGUGCAUUUUGUCAACCACUGCCACCCGCACCCCCGGCGCCGUUGUCUCAGAAUACUUCGAAAAAAUCGGAUUCAGAAAAAUCAAGCUCUUCCUCGACAGCGAAAGUUGAGAAAGUGUAUGGGAGGAUCCCAAUAACCACUGAGAUCUUAAAGUCUGUUGUUCUGAAGCCACCUGGCGAGAGAAAGAGAGUAAGCAAAUCCGUGACCAUAUAA